CAAGAGAGAGCAAAUCUUGGGACAAGAGGAGUCCCUUGAAGAAGAGCUGGGAUGGAGAUCUUGGGACACAUCUUGGAUUUAGCCCAGAAGAUCUACGAUCGGUGUGAGAAUGUGAAAUGCUGUCAGAAACAAUGUAGGCGCCUCAGGGACCGGAUCCUCAUUCUGAAAACCCCUUUGGAGAGGCUUCAGGACCUACAGGAAGAAGACUGGUCCAGUGAACUGGAAUACAGCCUCAACAAGCUCCAGGGAGCUCUAGAGAAAGCCAAAUCACUGAUAGAGCAAUUCAGCCGCAAGGACAUAGUCCAAAAGUUCCUGAGCAUCAGGAACACCGAGGAAGAUUUCGCCCUGGUUAAUGGCCGCCUGAGUGAUGCUGUCGGGGGCCUCUCCCUCCUGUUCCAGAUGGAGCAGCGGCAGCUUGUCCAGGAGACCUUCCGGAGGGAGACCCGCCAGCAGCAAGAUCGCCGGGAUGCCAAGGAAGACAGGGACCACUGGGAAGAACUGCUUAGAGGCAACAAAGAAAUCAAAGCUGAAGUGCAGAAGGUCCAGAAUUCUAUGAUACAUGUGGAAAGCAGCAUGGAAAAUUUGGCUACUGAUAUGAAGAAAAUUAUUAGAUUGGCAGAGCAAUCUCAGCGGUCGUCCAGUCCUGCUGCGCAAGAGAAAAUUAAGGAGAUUAAGAUAGAGCAGCUCAUAAAGACCCCUUGGGUUCUGAGGAUGGAAAACAAUUAUCACAUGCUCUACAUAGGAGAAUACUACAAAACCCCAGUGUCCAUCAAAGUCUUCAAAGACACACAGGGCACCAGUCCAAGAGCCAUAAGGAAGAUUUUCAACAAAGAGAUUGAAACCAUGAAGAAAUUUGAGUAUCCCAAUAUCUUGCGGAUAUAUGGGAUAUGCAUUGACGAGCGAGGACCUCAGCCUCGCUUCUCUCUGGUCAUGGAGUAUUGCGAACUCGGGACCCUGGGCGAACUGCUGGCAGCCAAACCGGACCUCACCUGGCAGGAGCGUGUGUUUCUGGCCCUGGGGGCAGCCAGGGGCCUAUACAGGUUGCACCAUUCAGAGGAGAUGACUAAACUGCACGGCUGCAUCACCAGUGCCAAGUUCCUCGUGGCUAAAGGCUAUGAGGUGAAACUGGCAGGAUUAGAACUGAGCCAAACGAAGUCUUCCAUCAGUCGGAACUGGAAGGGGGAAAAAACAAACGAGACCCCUGCUUCGGCGUAUGUUUCUCCUCAGAGCCUGGAAAAUCUGAACCACGAGUACGACAUCCCCGCUGAAAUCUACAGCUUUGGGAUCGUCCUCUGGGAAAUCGCCACUGGGAAGAUCCCAUUCCAGGGUUGCAGCAUCCAAGAGAUCUUCCGGCGGGUGUGUAAGGAGCGUUACCAGGAGCCUGUGAGGGGGGACUGCCCCCGGGCCCUGAGGGAGAUCACGGACCAGUGCCGGGCCUACCAUCCCUCUGAACGCCCUUCGGCCGAAGACAUCGUGGACAAGCUGUCUGCUCUCUGUGAUGAAUUAAACGGAGUAAAAUCGGGUCUAAAGAAGAGUAAGACCCAAGAAGCUUCAUCAUGACUCAGCCAGGCACUCUUGGAGAAAAAGAGAGAUAGCAAACUUGUUUCAUUGCUACUGGAUGUUUCCCGCACCUCUUUAUCCUUGCAGCACUGUGAACUGGGAGGAGGGCGAGUUUAAGGCAUUUAUCCAAACAGAAGAGACUUUGUCUAUCUCCUUAUUAAUGUCAACCACGUUGAUUGAGAACUUAAUCCAUCAUCA